AUGCGUGCAGGUCGUGCAGCAUGGAUAGGACUAAAUACAGCCUCAUACAUAUGUGAAUUAGUCUUUUUGGGUUUAGCAAUUGCAGUUCAAAUCUCACCUGACUGGGCUAUAUAUGAUGUUCCUUAUAUUGGAGGUGUCAAUGAUUAUAACCAGUUGAGUCGAGUUCGUGGACUGUGGAAACAAUGCGUUACAAAUGAAGUAGUAAGUUCAUCGUAUAAUGGUCAGUGUUAUGCACUUGAACCUUUCGAUGGAUCUAGUGGCUUCAAUGGAAAUGUGCAACCAAUAUUAUCGAUGAGGACUGCUAUAAAUGCUCUACAAAUUAUUGUUAUCAUAGUAGUUGCUAUGAUUAUUGCUAUCACUUGUGCGUUUCUUAUAAAAACAUGGAAAAAACCAGAGAAAUGUAAACCGAGAACUGGUCAGUAUGCAGCAUUAGGUGGGGGAGCUGCAUUAUGGUUUAUGGGCCUCAUUUACUUCAUAAGCCUUUUAAUCUAUUAUGAGGAAAUGUCACAAGAGAAUUAUCGACUGGAUAGUACAUUAAAAUCUGCAAGAUCUGCCUGGUCCACUACUGUUCGCAACAAUACACUGUAUCUAGCCGGCGGAAUGGUACCAAUGGCGUGGUCAGCAUGUGUACUUCUUUAUGUUGGUAGUUUCUUCCAGCUUGGUGCCAGCGCAUUACAACAACAACCAGCUGUAGAAGAAUAA